UAGGCCACGGUCGAAUCUGAAUUCUGAAUUCUGAAAUCCUCAAUCACCUGUGGCCUUCGCUCCAUCCCAUCGGCUUCGCGCAUGCUCCAAACCCGCCGGACGGCGCCGACCCACUUGCCUCCUCCCUGCUCACCGAUGGGUACCCAAGUCCCCCUCGUCGGCGUUGGGCCCAAACGUCCCUGCCUCUCCAAGGGGGAGAGAGAGCGACGCUCAGAUCGUGACGAGGCAGACGGGCCUCAACGCUAGAAAGCCUGGAAGCAUCUCGCUAUUCCAACACCAACAAAUAAUGCUUCCCGCUUCCCCGUCCCAGGAAUUGCGGCGGGCCACUCUCUCCCAAGUGCCUCUGUGCUUACUCUGUCCACUCCGACGAUGAAAUAUUACGAGCUGACCUCAGGCUAGCCUGUCAAGACUAUUUGUUCUCCUUUGCCCUUUGCCCGUCUAACGCUCCUGGGGCUGCCUGGCCUCAAUCUGGUGCUGGUGCUCUCUCAUUUUUGCGAACGGACCUCUCAGGGCCAGGGUUGCAGUUUGAUGACUCUCAUUUGCCGCAUCUAUUGAACCAAGAGACGAAUUAGCGGACGCUCCUCGCAAGUCCAUGGGGGAGAGUGGGUUGCGCAAAUGCUGGUGAUCUUGGGAUGCGCAAUCUUCUGUCCGGCUUCCUGGCCCUUGCGUGUGUUGUAACCUUGCUCUGACCCUCCCCGGAGUGCCGUGACUUUCUAGAAGUACUCUUCACUCAAAAGAAACUACAAGGCUUUCAAUCUGGCGACUCUCGGCGUCACCAUCUCCCCUUUCCAACAAUAUCCCAGGUCCCCUCCGAACUCCGGGUACUUUCAGCAACCGUGGAACUAUCAGUCUUGCCAAACGAGUCCGACAUCUCCCACAGGGCCUCAGGAUAGGUGGAGGAGGGAAGGCGGAGGAGUGCCGCAGGAGGGACACCCAUGGUCGCGACAAGGGACCCAGCCGCACGAGGAGGCUCAUAACAAGUACAUGUCACCAUCCCCUCCGCCGGCAGACCAUCCGUCAAUCACCACGCCCACCACAGCCGCAGGACACAUCUCUCAACCUCAACCGUCUGGCGGAAGCGCGGAGUCCUCGAGACCAAGCACGGCGAGUGUUAUUCGGACGGAGCCCUAUGGCGGCUACGGUGGCAUCGCUUCCGGGCGAGUUAUGACGGACGUGGGCCUGGGAAUAUCUUCACGUCGACAUUCGGCCGAAUCCAGUGUCCAGACCCCGUCCAAAGCCUUUGGCGUGCACAGCAUUCUGAACCCCUCAGUAGAACCCCAAGAUACGGCCUCUCCUGAUGUCCAACCCGCCGCUCGGCCCGCCAUGAACCUCAGCCAUAGUCUUAUUCCGGCGCCGGCCGAGUCUCCGCGCAGUCGAAAACGCACAGAUCCAAGAUCUCCUCCUCGAGAAUUUGAGCUGGGUUCCGGGCGCUUGGGCAGACGUGUUCUCACCCCGAAGUCGCCGGCGUUGAGGGCAGCCAGUUUGGGAUCGAGAAGGAACCCAGCCUUUCAUUCCACGAUCCAGCCAUUACAACCCCCGCCAGGCACCGGCAGCCGCCUAUACACGGCCGAACCAGGUCAAUAUCAGACGUCUGAGAUCCCGCCUCUUCCUCCUCUGGCGCUUGCAACGGGUGCACAUUUGAGCGGGAUGGUACCGCCCGAAUCAGGACAACCUCGCUCAGCACACGUCCAAGAAAGCCCUAUUGCUCGUGGGGUGGAGCCGGCAAUUACCUCCCAGGCCGAUCGACCCUCGACCGUGCAGCCUCCAUAUGGCAAUCGCGACCAUCCUUCGCCGGGGUAUCGGUAUGGUAUUCCUAAACCGCCGCCUGCGCAGGCACCCGCUCCAUUCAGGACGAUUUCAGCUGGUGGUGGCGGUUUGUACAUUCACGAAACGCCGGGACAUCAUGGACCGCACGAGGGCUAUCAGCAAGGUCCUGCUUCAUAUCAGAUGACUCUUGACACGGAUCAGGGGCCAAUGAACAUUCCCGUUGAGUUGGACCUACAGCAAGCGUCGAAGGUUGCUGACGAAAAGAGGAAGCGCAACGCCGGGGCCUCAGCACGCUUCCGUGCGCGCAGGAAGGAAAAGGAGAAGGAAGCUUCGCAAACCAUUGCGGGAUUGCAGCAGGAGCUGCGGGAUCUGAUCGAAGAACGCGACCACUAUUUGUCGGAGAGGAAUUAUUUUCGUGAUUUGGCCAUGAGGUACGUAUCGGGGACCCAGAUGUUACCGCGACCUGAAUCGCCUCAGCAGCGGAGACUGGCAACUGCGAAUGUAGGAGUACCACACGCACCCGGUGGUCUUCUGGAAACUCCCACCGUGUCCGACGAGUCCUCGCGUGAACGCACCGACCCUGGUCCUUCAACGCAACGCCGUCGAACCGGUGAUUACCAGCCGAGUUUUACCAGCCGACACACGCAUUCACCACCUCCCCCGGGCUACGGUACAGGAUUUCCGUCGCAGCCUCCUCCGCCGCUUCCUCCCCCUCCGGUACCGAGCAUGUUCGCAACGUCCAGAACAUUGCCACCGGGCCCGCCGCCACCUCCGCCUGUCACCCGAUCACAGUCCUACGAUCCUUUUCGCAGAGAUCCGUUUGACAGGAGCUGGAAUUCUGGCCGGUGAAAGAAGGAGGAGGGCCUCACCCCAAAUCGAAACAUCAACCCAUAUUUUUUUCCCUUCGAGAUGACUAUUCCUAGAGAGACGACAAUGAGGGCGACCUCAGACGCGAACAUCCCUUCACCGCCGUGGUGGGACAUGAUGACGAAUGACCGAGAUCAGAAUGGGAUUUGCGCUUGCCGUCACAAGGGCUUACUGGCUUGCCCGUUUCUUAUUGCACAAAUUGGAAAGACCACAACACUCUUAACAUUGUUUCCUUGCCUAAUUGCUUUACAUUUUCCUUCUUGGUCGUGGUGUUGCACCUGCGAGAUACCCCCACCUACAUCCUUUUGUCGGCAUAAUAACUUCUCUGUGGCGUUGGGGACAAUUGGGCAGAGAUGAGGCAGACUAGCAGUCCCAGACACUGCAGAGAGGGAAACCAGAAAUCACCGGAAGAGACAGAGAAGGCUCUAUUUGGCAGACUUGAAACCACCAUAUCGUUGGUGACUGUACUUUUGUAUAUUUAUCCACGAGAGACGACCCCACGCUUCAUCACCAAUUUUGUUAGAUAUUGUAUUCACAGGGCCACAGCGCAUUUCGCAGCUCGUGGUCAGUUUCUCCUGCCGCAG